UAUUGAAAACUUUCCUGAUAGCCAAAGGACGGAUCUAGCAUUGUGGUUUUAUAUUAUUUUCAUCAUUUGGAAACUAAAUCCCAAUUUAAAUCUGUACCAUGGCGUGCAAGGAUGUGUCUUUUCACACAACUGGAGUGCAAUCCUAGAAAAGUAUGUAAACGUAUGUGCGCAUCUGGAAUGUACAGCGGUGUAAUAAUCUGUGUUGCUCGAGAAAACAUUUGGUGGGUUGACAGGGUAGAUUAUGCGUUUAAAAAACGUGAUUAUAUUGGUUUUGGGGCGAUAGAGUUCAGCCAAAUUGAUGAAUAUGUAUUCUUUUAUUCGACUUAAAUGAUUUCUUACCGUUGCUUGAAAAACAAAAAACACAUCCAAAAUAAUUCAUAUGUGGAGGUGCGCUCAAAUUCUGCCGAGUACCGAACAACAGACCUAUCCAAACAAACACGUUAUACUCCACCCGGGCUACUCCUCUCGGCUAGCCUUUGACUGGAAUGCAGAAAAGCCUCUUGGGCAAGCGCAGGUAGUGUGUUGGGCAAGCAAAUUGCCUGCCUCGCUAGCUUCACUUCGGAGCAGAAUGAGGCUGUGCCCCAGCUCUGUGCUCCUGUUCCUGCGCUGGGUGCGGUUGCGUGUGUGUACCCGUAGGGGGCGUAGCAGGUUGCCCCUGUGGCCGAGGGAGAGAUGGGUCUACCUCAGACUGCUGGUCCAGUCCCUCUGCUUCAACUCUCUAACCAACUCAGACGUGGUUUUUGACUCGCUGUUCGAACCUGUUUUCUGGUUGGUCGAUUACGUCACACGAUGGUUUGGAAUGGUCUUUGUGUUCCUUGUGGUGAUCCUGACGAGCUCCAUCCUACUGAUAGCUUACUUGAUUUUGAUACCUAUGGUCCUGACUACCUACUCCCCACCCUGGAUAGCUUGGCAUAUCUGCUAUGGACACUGGAACCUGGUCAUGAUUGUCUUCCACUACUACAAAGCCACUAAGACAGCCCCUGGGUACCCACCCACGGUGAAAAACGAUGUUCCGUUUGUGUCCGUCUGUAAGAAGUGCAUCAUUCCUAAACCAGCCAGGACUCACCACUGUGGGAUUUGCAACACGUGCAUUCUGAAAAUGGACCACCACUGUCCAUGGUUAAAUAACUGCGUGGGCCAUUUAAACCACCGCUACUUUUUCUGCUUCUGCCUCUUCAUGACGAUGGGCUGUUUUUACUGCAGCAUCAGUGGGAGGAACCUGUUCAUGGAUGCAUACAGCGCUAUAGAACGCUUUAAACAUAUGGAUGCAGAGAAACCAGGAGUACCAGUAACUGGGAUGGGACUACUCAUAGGAAUCCUUCCCCCUGGGCAGACUAACUACCAGACGCCUGCACCUCCCUACACGUUCAGGGACAAGAUGUUCCACAAGAGCAUCAUCUACAUGUGGGUUCUGACAAGCACAGUGGCAGUUGCCUUGGGAGGCCUGACCAUAUGGCACGCAGUGCUCAUAUCUAGAGGAGAGACCAGCAUAGAGAGACACAUCAACAGCAAAGAGACCCAACGCUUGGCUCAAAGAGGCAGGGUGUACAAAAACCCCUUUGAUUACGGCCGUCUGAACAACUGGAAGGUGUUCUUUGGUGUGGAGAGACGAAGGACAUGCCCCUCAGGGAAACGGCAUGACCUGGGACAUUUAUCCAAUCAAAAAGGAGAUGAUGCCAGUAUGACCCCUGACCCCACAGACUCCUCCUGCUCCUACUCCCAGAAGCCACUGCUCCUUUCAGCCAGCCUGGGGAACUCCCUGACAGGGCUAACAAUGUGGGUUUGGGCUGGAGAGCAAGGAGACCAGCAAGGGCUACUUCCAUUCAUAGAUAACAAGAGAAUAUUGUGACAAAGAUGAAAUCUGGGAGAAAGAAAUCUUGCAGAAAGAGAGAACAUUCUUUGUUGCUACUUCCAAGUCUGACCAUUGCAGAAGUAGAGACACACCUGGAUUUAGAUGGCAUUUUUUUUAUAGAGAAAUGUUCUCCUAGUAAUGAGGCUGUCGAUUUAAUUCCUGCAGGGGGCAUUUAUUGCCGUUAUUGACCAAGCCCAGUGCAACUACUGGUCUUCCAGAUUGCUUUCUUCCAGCCCAGCACAGCCCAGCACUCCAUACUACUUCUAAAUGAUGUUAUGUUGACUGUCUGAUUGCCAACACCUGAAUGAAGCUGUGCUUUCUUGAAACCUUACCGCGACUUGUUUUACAUGUGUCUCAAAAUUAAAUUAAAGGAAUACUUUUUAUCAUA